GAGAGCUGUGGCUGCUGCUCCCGCCACAGCUGCUCCUCCUGCCACAGCUGCUCCUCCUGCCACAGCUGCAUCCACAGCUGCACCUGCCGCCGCCGGUCCUCCAGCAGCAGCUGCUCCUGGGCCAGGCACAGCUGGACCUCGUGGAGCCUCAGCAGCUCGGGACCCAGGCCCGGCAGGCCCCCUGCCCCACAGCCUUCCAUGUCCGCAGCGGGCACCGCCACCGGCUCGGACCCCAGCGCAGUGGCCUGCACCGGCCCCUCGGCUGCUCGGGGCUGCUCUGGCUCGGCCACCCUGGGGCGUCCCCGAGCAGCCUGCGUGUUGCGGGUCACGUGCUCUGCAGGGGCCACCCCCACCUCGUCCCGAGGGCCCCCUGCGGCGGGAGGCGGGGGCUGGGCCUCAGGGCCCUGCUGACCCAAGGCCUGCUGUGCCUUGCCCGCCCUCCUGCCUCGGGGUUUCCGAGCCCGACUUCGUUUCCCCGACAUGGCCCUGGUCCGGCGCCUUUCACCAGCUUGUCUGCCUUCUGGGGGCCCGGGCUCAUCGCGGGCCAGCCGUGAUCAGGCGGGUGCAGGGGGCAUCCCUGGGGGGCCACGGCGGGCCCUGCGCUCCUGCCCUGCCCCUGGGCCGGUGCCUGUGGCUGGCGGCUCCGGGCCCUGCGCUGCCUGUGGGCCUCCCGGGCCCCACUCGCUGGGCUGGGCCACGCCGGGGAGUUUAUAGGGACUCGGCGGCGUGGUGGCUCAGCCGGGUGCGAGGGCUGACUAACGUGCUGACAAAGGGCGCAGGACUUUACAGGCCACAGGCCUCGUUGGCCAGACUGGGAGGGAGACCGAGAAACUGGAGGAGGUGACUCUGGGCAAGCAGAUCCCCGGCUGUGAGGAGCUGCGAGUCUGGUCCUGCCCUGGGCCGCCCAGCGCCUCCUCCCUGCCCCCGCCCCGCCCCUGGUCCACAGCUGCAUCCCAGUCACACUGACCAUCCUGGGGAGACCCUCACAGCCACCGGCGACUCCAGCCCAACUAGCCUGCGAGCCCCCCAGCCAGUGGGCUCCUCUGAGCUCCAUGGGGGCCCAAGCUCGCCUGGGGGCUGUGUGGAGAUGACACAACUCUUGGCCUAGCCUGGUGGCCUCCUGCCAGCGGCUGGUGGAGGAGACGGAGUCUCAGGCCCAGAUGGCCUGUUGUGUACUGAGAUGGGGCAGCCGGGCCCUGCCCGGCCCGUCCUAGCAUGGGGCAGGUGCUCCUGAUGCUGCCGGCUGGGGGUCCAGCUCCCCGGCCCAAGGAACACAGGCCUUUGGGGGAGGACCUUGGGGGGCUGUUGCACAGGGCCAGCGGGAGUGCUGGCGUCCCCGGGCUUCCUGUUGGGAGGAGGCCCCAGACAGCCUCCUCCCCAGCGUUUCCCCAGCCCGGGGCUGCUGACUCACACCCACGCCCAGGGCCCCAUCCCAGCCCGCUCCGCCACACAGGCCUGACUGGUUUGCCUGGCACAGCCCUGCCGGGGCACCCUCCUCCCACUCAGCCCUCGCCCCCGAAGCUUCAGGGGCAGGUAGACAGCAGGCCACCGCAGGGGUGCGCAGGGAGACGCACACGGACAAGGGCACCAGAUGCGUUGGGGUGGGGGUGGGGCAGAGCGCGCCCUGGGGAACUUGGCUACACCUGGGUUCUCAAGAGCUGGGACCCGGCGGUGCGGCCUGCUGGGCUCACCGGCGCCCCCCCGCGGCACCCCAGGGGCGACACCGGCUUGCCGUGGAGGACACACCCCGGGUGGGCGCUCUCUCACAGCCAAGAAGCACCUGGUCUCCACGUAACCCAUAAACGCCUCCGGGGGGGGGGGGUGAUGGGAAGGGGCGCCCCUCCCCCAGGGAAGCCGGGAGGGACACGCCAGCCGCCGCCAAAGACCGGCCCAGCCCGCCGACCCUGAGCGCCCAGAGGCCCCCCGCAGGUGAGAGCCUGCGCGCCCCACGUCCGCUCUCGGGGCGGCGGGGAUGGCCGGGACUGGGGGAGGGCUGGGGAAGGGGGCUGCCACGGGCCGGGACACGCGGGGUGCGCGUGCAUGGGAGGGUGUGCGCUCGCGGAGCCGCGGCGCUUCCUGGAGCAGGAGGAGGGGACCGGCCCUCUCUCCCUCUCUCCCACCGCGGUGCUCCGUGCUCGCCCGGCCGGGGCUGGGCGGGCUUGGCCCGGGGCCCGCCUUCCAGGGGCGGGGCCUGCCUGGGAGUCCCUCUCCCUCGGAGCCUUGCUCCCGCGAUGGUGGGGGGGGGACGCCCUCCUCCCGCUGGAUCCGUGUCAGCUGGGGCUGGUGGGCGUCCUGGGACUGGAGGGGGCACCACCUUAGUGUCCCGCUGUGCCUCUCCUCGCUCUUGGGUGCCAGCGCGCCCUUUUAAAAGAUGUUUUUAUUUGGGCGGCGGAGGAGGGGGGAGGUAGAGGGGGAGAGUGGGGAGCCCCAGGUCCGCUGGAUCUCUCAGUCCCGAGAUCCUGACCUGAGCUGAAGUCCAGAGUCUACCGCUUGACCGACCGCGGCCGCAGGCGCCCCCAAUCCAUCUUCUCAGGGAGGCCAUCCUCCACCUGGUCUCUGGACACUGACCUCCAAGCCGCGUCUUUACCAGACCAUCAUCCUGUGCCUGGAGUCCGUGCUCCGCCGCAGCCCCCAGCCCGGUCUCCCCGCAUCCAAGUGCGAACCCUCGUCCCGUUCCUCUGUGCUGUCCGGUCUGCCAAAGCCCGCACCUGGCCACCCUGUGCCCGAGGCCUCGUGCCCACAGGCAGGUCCUUGUGUUCUCUGUUGCCCUCCCAGGCUCCUAACCCCCAUUUGGCUCCUGGCCUGUCCCCCACAGAGUGGCUGGUCUCAACCCUCACGCAAGCUUGGUCUUGUGUGGGUGGUGCUGCCCUUGCCCCAGGAUGAGCCCCCAGCACCGUUCGCACACGCUGGGGGCUGGGACAGGAGCCUGACCUUGUCCCGAGGACAGGGCCGGACCACAGAAGGUUUGUAAAGUCCCAGCCGCUGGUUUUAGAGAAGUUACAUGUGCGCGACGCAUUAGUCGUGGUUCUGGAUUAGGCCUAGCGGGCCGCGGCUCUGCCGUUUAAGCAGAAACAGAAUGUGCUGGAAGGAGGUUUGGGCUGGGAAAGAGGCAGAAGAGGGAGGGAGCAGAGGAGUCUGAGCAGGAUGUCCCGUCUGUCCCUAGAAGCCAGGGCGGGCUCUACCCUCCACCCUCUCCUCCUGCGCCCCUGGCCGGCUCUCAAUCCCAGAAGCCGUCCGCGGUCACAACACGCUCGCCCUGUCUGCGAGGGAGAGACAGACGUUUGUCCCCAGGCCCCCGUUUCAGUUUCUGUAGUGGGCAGAGGUUCCCUCCAAAUCCCUCAGAACCGCCCCCGGGCUGCCCAGGUGGGGGUCCCCAGCCUCCAGCUGCCCGGCCCCUCUUCCCUAAGACGGGCUGUUCUGGGCAGCGGAGUGAGCUGGGCGGGCCCACUGCCCUGCCUCUCUGCUGCGAGGUGGGGGCUCUGACUGGGCAUUUGGGGUUGGCAGGUGCGGGUGCGAACCGCCGAGCCAGUGGGAAACCCCGCAGGAACCACGUCGGCGCGGACGGUGUCUGUCCAGCUGCCGCAUUCGGCGGCCCCUGGAGGCUGAGGAUGCUCCGCCCCCGCCCCCACCGCCGCAGCCGCAGGGCCCGUGAGCUCUGGGAACAAGUCUGUCUCCAUUUGCUAAGCCACCGGGUCUGCACCACACGGGGAAAGCUUCUCACAAUCCAACUUUAUUCCGAGAAGUCCCUUCUGAGGGCGUCGCCUUCCCCGUGUCCUCGCCACGACGCCCGUUUCCCAUCUCUUGUCCAGAUCCUCAGCCAGAGCACAGGAGGCGGCCUCAGGGAGGUCAUCGGGCUGGACGGUGUCUGAUCGGCCUUGACAAGCGGGGCUCAUGCUGUGGGGCCCGAGUGCCCCAUUGUCCCUGUCGCCUCGGCCACUCUGCACUGGCCGUCAGAGCAGCUCUGGGUGGCCGAGGAGAGAGGCCGGCCGACAUCCACAGGACACUUGUGAUGUCCACCUGGGUGUCCGGUGGCUCUUCUGCGGUGGCCCCUCUCCGGGGCCGGCACAGUGAGAGGCAGAGCCGGCCCCACACCGGCACCCCACUCCCCACCCCUGCUCAGCCUGCUGGGCCCCCUUCCCACUCGCAGGGAGCAGAGGAGCAGGUGCCCUGGAGGUUGCGGCCCCGUUGCCCACAGGGCCCCCGAUGGAGGAGCAGCAGGGUGGCGGCAGCCCGGGUCAGGCUGCACGUGUGACACCACAGGGACCGGCGGUCGGGGCUCGCCUCGCAGGAGGCCGCGGCCGUGGACGGAGGAGUGAGCGGCGUCGACGCUGGGUUAGGAGAGUGUGCCCCGGCGGCUUGUGUCGCGGAGGCUCGCGUCUUCUGGCUCAUGCGACGGGUUCCCGCCGUGUCUGCUCCGUGCCAGGGGUCCCCGCGGGAGGAGCGCAGGUCAUGCCGGCUUCCUCGGCAGCAUGCUCUCCUGCCCCGGGGGGACCCCUGGCCUCCACCAGGCUGUCCACACCGAGACCAGCGUCCUGCCGUGGAAGGCACAGCCGUACCUCUGCUGGGGAAGGGAGGCUCGCCGGCGGCUCUGCGGGGCCCCCUUCUCCCCACAGAUGCCUGCAGCUUGCCGGACCCCACGGAUGCCUCAGCCACAGCCUCCGGGCCCUGCUGGGACCGUUAGCCUGCUGGCCCUCCCAGGACCCGGGGUGGGCGGUGUUCCCAGCCUCGCGACGCUGCUCCAAAGUCCUGACGGGCUUGCCUGCGGCCACUGGGCCGCUGUCCUGCUACAAGGAGGGCCAGACGCGGAGGACCGAGCGGCCACCCUCAUCCAGUGCGCCUUCCGGCGGCUGCUGGCCCGGAGGGAGCUGGCGCGCCGGCGGCGGGAGCGGCGGGACUACGGGCAGCGGAUGGAGCAGCUGCAGCGGGACGGAGCAGGAGGCGGCGCGGCGGCGGCGGGCGGCGGCGGAGGCGGCCGAGCGGCGGCGGCGGGAGGAGCGGCGGCGCGGGGCGCGGCUGCGGGAAGCGGCCUUCGACGGCGACCUGGGCGAGAUCCGGGCGGUGCUGCGGGAGGCGGACGAGCUGCUGACCCGCGAGGGCCUGGGCCACGACGAGGCGGGGGCGGCGCAGCGGCGGCGGCGGCGGGUGGCGCUGGUGGAGAGCGAGGACGCCGGCGGGAACACGCCGCUGUCGGAGGCGGCGGCCGGCGGGCAGCCCCUGGCCAUCCAGCUGCUGGCCGAGCAGGGCGCCAGCCCCAACAGCAAGGGCGCCUUCGGCCGGACGCCGCUGUACCGAGCAGCCUUCGGGGGGCACCUGGAGGCCGUGGAGGUGCUGCUGAGGCUCGGAGCGGACCCGCGGGUGUACGCGGAUGACGGCAGCACCCCGCAGCAGGUGGCCUCCCUGGACACUGUAGCCCGUGUGCUGCAGUCGUGGGACCUGGACCUCACGGAUGCCAUGCUCCAGAGCAUGGAUGCUGAGAGGCGACGCCAGGCCCGGGAGGCUGAGCAGCAGGAGGAGGCAGAGGCCAGGCGCACGAACCUCAACGUACAACAGCUGGCGAAGGCACAGCACCAGCGGCAAACGCAGCUGCAGCAGGCCUACUGUGAGCUCAACCGGAGGACCAGGGAACACGAGGAGCACGGAGGGAGGGACCCGCGCCGGGCCGAGCUCGCCCUGCAGGCCAUCAAGGAUGCAGAGGCCCGAGUGGACAGGCUGCGGCUGCAGGCCCAGGAGGCUGCGGAGGCGCUGGCCAUGGCCAGGCUGGAGCUUCGGGAGCAGACGCAGGAGGGCGGGGAGGAAGAGAUGCCCGGGCUGAAAUGCCAGGUCCCCGAGCUGCACGACGUACUCAUGAAGGACGUGGGUGGCCGCAUCCGCGCCGACGGCCGGUGGCCGCUUGUUAUCGACCCUUCGGGCCAGGCAGCCACCUUCCUGCGCUACCAGGACACCAACUAUGUGGUUGCGGUGAACCCGGCGCACCUGCGGCCAGAGAGGCUCCGGCUGGCGCUGCUGGGGGCACUUAGGUACGGGAAGCCGCUGGUGUUCGACCUGUGCGAGGCGGACCUGUUCCCCGUGGUGCAGCAGCAGCUGGAGGCCGUGCGGCCGGGGCUGGCGCAGGAGCUGCUGGGCGGGGCUCUCCUGCAGCAGGAACGCUACCUGUCGCUGCUGCGGCCGGCCGACGGGCCAGAGUACAGCCCCUCGCAGUUCCAGCCCGCGCGCCUGGGGCGCUUCCGCGUCAUCUUCGUCACCAAGGCCCAGUGGCCGCCGACGGAGCAGCUGCAGGUGCUUCUCCCCGUGCGGGUGCUGCUCCCCGGCGGGGGCCUCUAGGGCCUCGGGAGCUCGCUGAGCAGGGCGCGGGCCCAGCCUUGCGGCGGCAGACAGAGGGAUAGACAGGAAGUAAAAUGUAGUCAAUUUUAUUCCUCUUAAACCACAAAAUAGAGUCUUUGGUUGUACAAA